AUGGCCACUGCCCCCUGGACAUUCACCCCCUUCCCGCCCCUCCCCCCAGCCUUCCUCCCCAACACCCUCUUCUACAACGCCACCUCCUCUCCCUCCUCCAACGUAACCUACCAAAUCUCCCUCUCCUACCCCUUCGAAUGGGGCCCUUCCUCUCUCCCCACAGCAGAAAUAACCAACAAAACCGCCUUGACAGUCUACGUCACAGACGGCAACGCCCUAGCCUCAACAGCAGCCGACCACCUCAAACGCCGCAAACCCGUCGACCCCUCCCAACCCGAUGCUUUGGUCGUCGGUAUUGGUUACCCACUCACAGACAACGUCUACGCCCUCACCCAACGCAGCAUCGACUUCGGCGCCCCCAUCCCCGGCGACCCCGUUCCCUGGGGUGCAGACACCUUCAUCGACUUCAUCAACCUCACCCUCCGCCCCUGGGUGCAGGACACCAUCUUCCCCAACGUCAACUUCACUCGGGACGCUAUAUACGGCCAUUCAAGCGGGGGUCUCUUCGUUACCUACGCCUUGAUCACGAAACCCGACUUAUUCGAUACAUUUAUCGCCGCCAGUCCAUCACUCACGUUGAUGAACCAGACGGUCCUAAUGAAUGUCACGCGGAGGUUGGGAGACGGGAUGGACAUCCCUGGUGACAUUGAGUUUGGGCAGAACCAGACCAAGCCAGCGGUCUUUAUCGGAUAUGGCGAGUUGGAGGAUUACCCGCUGAGGAGGAGGACGCAGACGGAGUCCCAGUUUCAGGCGAGGAAGAAUCUUUUGCAGAGGUUUGGGCCGGGGAGGUAUAGUCAUGAGCUGUUUGAUCGGCUUGUGGGGAGCGGGAGGAUGAGGGAUGUGGCGGUGAAGGAGUAUGCGGGGAUGGAUCAUGCUGCUGUGGGGGGGAGUGCGUUGUUGGAUGGGAUUGCGUAUUUUUUGGAUUGGUAG